UCCCGGAAAAUAUUUCACUUCUCGCUAACCAAACAGCUUCUAGUGUUAGAAUUAAAGUGAGCCACCCUUUUCUCAACCUAGGGCUUUCCUUUCCUUUCCCUUUCUCGUACUCUUUUUUGAGGAAAAUCAAACCCGCUUCGAGACCGCAUUUAAAGAGGCUUCCACAGUUUUCAGUGAUAAUGCUGGAGAACUCGUGCUUCUUCGGCUGGAUAAUUUUACUAUCUAAUCUUCUGAUCGCUCCUCUUGUUUGCUGCCACAAUCACGGAAACCCUGCAAAUGAUCUUGUUGACAUCAUUAACAAGAACAGAACAGCUCAUAAACUUCCAAACCUAAAUGACAGUCCGGGUCUUGGGUGCAUGGCUCUCCAAUACGUUGAACCAUGCAAAGGGAAUUGCAGCGAGAAUAACAACGCUGCAAGCUGUAGACACCCGGAAGAUGAUUUCACUGAAGUUUUUGCUCCCAAUUGCGGUGUAGAGCUGCCUACAAUUGGUACAAUAACAGGCCACAUUGUUGGUUGUCAAUCCAAGUAUGUGGAGCCAUCAAUAGCUUUUUCACAUGUUCUUGUUAAAGAUCAGAAAGCUUUAUCACUUCUGAGAAAUAAAUCACAUACCGAGGUAGGAGUAGGGUUGGUUGGGUUCCAUAAAGGCCCUUUCUUUUGGUGUGUUCUAUUUAGUGAUGGUCCGACAAACUCUACAUUUGUUCUUGAAGAUCAUGGCAAAGGAAUCAAGCAGAAGAGAGGAUGUUUCAGCGGAAGCUCUUUUCCGUGCAACGGUGGGCAAAGGAAGAUAAUUCUGUCUCUAAAUGUCAAUAUUCUGGCUAUUACUCUUAUCAGUUUUGUAUCUCUUUAAACAUUUGUACCAGAGCUGACUCGCGAAAUGAAAUUAUUGAAGACUCAAUGAUUACUGCUUA